GUUUCACGCCAAAGGAAAUACAAACCCCCCGAGGAAAACAAGUCUACUCACCCAACCUCUAAAUCACCGAGUCUCCAGACAUAAGAUAAAACAUGGACCCAGAUCAGUCCAAAUUCGCAUUGCACGCAGCCGCUCGGGAAGGGAAAGUCACUGUGGUUGAGUCCUUAUUAAAUGCCGACCCGAAGCAGGCACGCAAGAAGGAUGAUGAUGGCAGAUUGCCCAUUCACUGGGCCGCUUCGUCCAACCAACCGGAUAUAGUUCAGCUGUUGGCACAGCAAAAAGACUUCGACCCUGACAUCGAGGACGACAGCGGCUGGACACCCUUGAUGAUUGCGGCAAGUGUCAAGGAUGGAGAGAAAUUAGUCAGCCUGCUCUUAGGAUGGGGCGCCGAUGUGAACCAGACGAGUGAGUAUCAUGUACCAGUGGAUAUAGACAACAGCGGCCAGACUGCCCUACAUUUUGUAGCGUCCAAGAACCAUAUCGAAAUCGCUCGUCUGUUAUUCAACAAUAAACCGCCGUCCUCAGCCAGGGUUAGAGACAAGCGUGGCCAGUAUCCACUGCAUCGAGCCGCUGCCGUGGGAUCGGUGCCUAUGAUCAACUUGCUGGUCAAGAACAAAAGCCCCCUGAAUGCCACUGAUAGCACAGGCUAUACAGCCCUGCAUCAUGCUGUCGCGGAGGGUCACGGUGCUGCUGCUGUAGCCUUGAUCAAGGCUGGAGCCGAGACGGACAAGAAAGACGCCGAUGGGUUCCUGGCGCUCGAUUUGUCUCCUGACAGAGAGGUCCGCAAGUACAUCGAGCGAGAAGCGGAGAACGAGGGAAUUGACUUGUGAAUUUAUUGAUAGAUUAGGCGGGUAUCUAGGGGUCCUUUCGAGACCACGCUCCAGCGCACCGUGAAAAAAAGAGACCGUGUGAUAGUCUAAAGCGCCAGGCCAAACUUACUUGUGUGUGCGCUCGACCAGAUCCCUAUACAUGGCCUUGACGUCU